AUGGGUCGCCGUAAUGGAAGGUAUUGCAGCGGAGUUCGGCACACCGGCCGACCGCCGGGAAACUACGACUCGGUUCAAGACGGCCAAGAUGUAACUGGAUGCGACCCGGCCAUCCUCUUCGCCAAAGUGCAGCAGUCGUUGGAUCGGGCCUUGCCUGGUCUCCACGGAAUGUUGUGCCAGCAUUUGCUGUCUGACCAGUUGGUUGAAGGUGUGCAACCUGUAAUUGGUGUCCAGUUGCGGUUGGCGGGAUUGGCCGAGGCACCACUGACCACUUUGCAGUCGCUCGAGCAAGCCGAUGCUGGCAUGCCUGGUCACUGCCAGAAUCAGUGCCCUCGUAUCCGACCGCCUGUAAAGCAUAAAAAAUCACGGAUGAAUACACAGGAUCGAGGCUUUUGCCCAGGUUUCCCGGAUGGGUUUUGUUCCUGUCGUUCAGCGGCUGCCGUUCACCUGAAAAGCAGAGCUCAUCAGUUCGAGGACGUGCAUAAAGAAGUGUCUUAUAGUGCUUUGCACUGGGCUCUAGAAGGAGUGAGAACAAUCGUCUGA